AUGACAAAUAUUUCUACUCCUCAACAAGAACCAUUGUUACAAGCUACCAUUCGGAGUUCCAAUAAUGAUAUUCCAUCUCAUCAAUCAGAUUUAAUGCCGUCAAAUUUGUAUUCACGUUAUUGGAUGUUUUUAUUUGAUAAUUUGAAACGAUCUAUUGAACAGAUCUAUGAAACAUGUGAAACAGAUCAAGAUCCAUUACAAUGUCAAGAAGUUAUCGAAUUUCUUUGCCAAUACUGUAAAGAUUUUGAAGUCCUCAUGAAAAAAUGUCAACUGACACCAACUCUUAAUAGUAAUAUGGACCCAACGAAAAGAGAAUAUCUUAGCCAAUCAUUAUUGGCAUUACCAUUUGAAACAGAAAGAGCAUCUUUCAGGCCAUUUGAACAUUCCCAAUCAGUAUGUAACGGUGACAUUUUUAAUUCAGAUGAUUUCACACGAAGACAAAAAUAUUUACAUAACAGUGAUAUAAAUUUAAAUGUAAAUAACGCUUCUCGUCACUAUUAUGUUGAUAUAAAUAAAUUUAAACGGCAAAAAUCUAAUAAAUAUCGUAAAUCGAUAGAAAGUCCAAGUAUACUUUCGUUACCAUCAUUUUUUUCAUCGACAACACCAUUCAAUGAUUCUUCAAAAACAUUGAUUGCAAGUACAAAUCGAUUGUUUUUACCUAAGAAAAGAAUUCUAACAGACGAAACAGCAGCUGAUGCUGAUGAUGAAAAAGAUCUUCGAGAUGAAUCAAUUAAUAUUAAUCGACAACAUCGAUAUCAUCAUCAACUAUCAACAACAUCACAAUAUCGUCUUAAUCAACAAAAUUUAACAUCAGAAGAAGAUGAAGAAGAUGAUGACGAUGACGAUGAUGAUGAACGUCUUUUACGAAAUCAUCAUGGAAUGAUUGAUUUUAUGGAUCGACAAAUAUUUGAUGCAUUUGAUCAAGAAGAAUCAUUAACUGAAGCAUUAGCAGCUGAACAAGAACGAACAAUAGCCUCAUUAAUGGCUGAACAAGAAGAUCUCGAACAUCAAUUGAAUAAUGUUAGUGAUGAUGAUCUAUUGUUAGGUGCAGAUGAUGGAUCAGAAUUAGAAGAAAGUGAACUAUCAACAACAAAAACCUCAAGCUUUUUUAUGUCAUUACACGAUGAAUGCGAUGAAAAGGAUAUGAGUCCCAAUGAUCUAUCCCGUGACGAUAAUGAUUCUGAACCUGAUGGGAAAUCUCGAACGAAACAUCUACGUAUACAUGAAAAAUUAUCAUCACCAUCACGUAUUCGACCUCUCAGUGAAACUCUUCGUGAAGCAGCUGAACGGCAAGCACGUGCAUUCACACGACGUCAAACUUUACGAGAUGAAAAAGCACGAAAAAUGCACGAAUUAACUCAUAGAGUGAAUGAGGUUCGUCAAUGGAAAGAAGAAUUAAUUAAGGCACGUAAAACAACGCUUGAAAUGAAAUUGCAUCGAGCAGAAGAAAAACGUCAAUAUUUAUUAUUUUUAAAAGCUAAAAAAGCUGGUGAUGAAGAUUUAAAAGGUCAAGAAAUUGCAUUUAUUAAUUUGUUACAACACCAAAAUCGUCGACAAACAUUAAAAGAACGUUAUCAAAAAGAAGAACAAUUUAAACAAUAUCUUGAAGAAGAACGUGUUAAAAAGCAUGAUGAACAUAAACAACGUGAGUUAGCAGCAGAAAAUCGUCGAAAAGAAUUAGAAGCUAUAAGACAAAUACGUCUGAAUGAAAUGCAAGAAAAAUGGAAAACAAAAGAAAGAAUGAUUGAACAACAGUUGAUUGAAAAGCGUAGACAAAAACAAACAGCAGCUAUUGCAAAACAAAAGAGUUUUCAACAAAAACGAGCUGAACAUGUUGCUUAUCUCAAAGCAUCAACUGUUGAAUUAAAGAAAAAAUUAACAUUAAAACAAGAGGAAAGUGCUCGACGGCACAUAACACAACUCGAAGAAAUUCGUCGAAAAGCAGUGGAAAUGAGUAUAUUACGGGGUCCAAGUGCUGAAGAUCAUCAUCAUGGAUCACCUGGACCUAAUGAUAGUAAAACAACUAGUAUGCUUUCAACUGACGAACCAAUAGCAACUCGUAAAUUGUGUACACUCUGUAAUCUGUUGUUAGCUUCUGAUCUUCAUUUGCAGACUCAUUUACGUGGUACACGUCAUAAUCAAUUGUUAGUCGAACGAUUCAAUCAAAAGAAUGACAAUGGAAGUAAAAAACAACCAAAACAAGAAGAUAUUAAUACAUUUAAUAUUGAAUGUAUUACAGUUGUUACUAAUGACGACAUUGUACGACAAGAUAUGGCUUACAAUCGAGAACGAAAACAUACAAUGAAAAAACGAGCAAAAAAAUUACGCCUUCGAAUGAAUCAACGUUCGGUCGCAUAUGAAGCUGAAAAUUCUCAACGACCAUUUUUAACUUCAACUCAUAAAGCACGUAUUCAACGAUUUUUAAAUGAAUUAGAAAAAUCCUUAAAUACAACAGCAAGAAAAGAACCAUUGAAUACAACAAAUUAUUUAGCAUGUCAACGUAUUCUUUCUGAAUUUGUUAAGAUUUUCGAUACACAUGGUUAUGAAAAGGAUGUACCCGUUGAACAACGUGUUUUUUUCAGUCUCAAUGGUUAUACAACAUUAACUAGAAUGAUUGAAUUACGUGCUGAAUCGAAUAAACCAGCUCUUGCACCAGAAAGUUUGAUUGCAUUGGCUGUUGCAGUGUAUCGAGCGGCAACACAUAAUAAUGUGGACAAUGCCGUGUAUAUAUUGAAUAGUGGUAAAAUUUUGACACUUGUUGAAAGUUUAAUUCGGCAUUUAACUGGUUUGAAAAUUGAUGAUGUAACAACAUCAAAUCUUGAUCAAAGUGAAAGUGAAAAAUUAGCACAUAUUGAUUUAGUCACUAAUCUAGUCGAAUUACUUGCCGAUCUUCUUAUAACGUAUAAUUCAAUAGUAAAAGAAAUUCGAAAACAUGAAAAUGAAACUAAUGAAGAUAAAUUAACAAUAAGUCGUUUAACAGAUAUUAUCAACUAUAUCGCUAAUGUUGGUGCUCUCGAUCGUAUAGCAUCAUUUUUUCGUACGGCUCGAGCUAUUAUUAAUACAACAAAAUCGCGUAUACCUGAUAUGAUUAUUCAUUUAUUGAAUCUUUUACAACAAAUGAUUUAUUUUUCUAAACCAAAAAUAUGUCAACUUCCAUUUGGUCAAUCAUCAAAAAAAUCAACGAACGAUCCAGCUCAAAUACUCAGUAUAAUGAAAUCAACAAAUUUUUGUGAAAUACUUUCAUUACUCUAUGGUAUUCUUGUUCAUGACACUGAUAAUAACCAAAUGAAUACGGAAAAUAAUAGUACGAUUACUUUACAUGAGAAAACAUAUGUGAUUGCAAUUAAUGCGAUGAUUUUAUUAAAUACACUUGCAAUACUUGAUCUUGAUGCAUUUCAAACUACUCUCGGUGAAGACACAAUUUCACCUCAACUUCGAAAUGUUGCAAAUCAUAUUCUUAGUCAUUGUAAUCAGCAAUCGACGCCAAUGAAUGAUAAUCUUCUACGUCAAAUUAUUAUCCUUAUCGGUUAUUAUUGUGUUUUGAAUCAAGAUAAUCAAUGUCGUUUAGCUUUUGGUAAUCGACCAACUGUAUUACGACAACUGUCGUGUUUACCAUUUCGCUAUUUUGUUGAAUCAAAAUAUAUGGAUAUACUUUUUCCGACAUUAAUUGCUUGUUCUUUUGAUUGUGAAACAACACGAGCUAUUCUACAAACUGAAAUGUCACUUGAUCUUAUUGUGAAUUACAUUGAAAUUAAAAUAACUGAACCGACACCAAUGAAUGAAGACGACAUUAUUUCUUCUUUUCAUAUGCGAUUUCCACGUGAUGAAUGGAAUAAUGCUUUGAAAUAUUAUCAAUCAAAAGCAAAAAUAAUAACGAAUCAAAACGAACCUCAUCAAUCGAUGAUCAAUCAGAAAGAAGAUGAUAAAAAACAAGAAAAUGAAUCUCACCGAAAUGAUAAUGACACAACGUCAUAA